AGCUAGAAAUGCAACUCCAUCUCUUCUCUUUUGCAGGACGUGAUCAGUCAGGUUCUGCCAGAUGCAACAACCACUGCCUUUGAAUAUGAAGAUGAAGAUGGCGAUCGGAUUACUGUCCGAAGUGAUGAAGAAAUGAAGGCUAUGCUGUCCUAUUACUGCACCACGGUGAUGGAGCAGCAAGUCCACGGGCAGCUCACAGUGCCUCUGCAGAUCUAUCCCAGAGCCUGCAAACCUCCUGGGAAACGGAACAUACAUGGCCUGAAGGUAAACACACGAGCCGGUUCUGCUAACAACAGUGGUGCAGCCGUCCCAGACUCCCUUCCAGCCAAUAGUUUGAAGAAGUCCUCUGCAGAACUGAAGAAGAUCCUAGCCAAUGGCCAGAUGAAUGAGCAAGACAUACGGUAUCGAGACAUCCUCGGUCACGGCAAUGGAGGAACCGUUUACAAAGCAAACCAUGUCCUCAGCGGGAAAAUACUAGCAGUAAAGGUUAUCCCGUUAGAUAUCACCCUGGAACUUCAGAAGCAGAUUAUGUCUGAGUUAGAAAUUCUUUACAAGUGUGAUUCAUCCUAUAUCAUAGGAUUUUAUGGCGCUUUUUUUGUAGAAAACAGGAUUUCCCUUUGUACUGAAUUCAUGGAUGGAGGUUCCUUGGAUGUUUACCGAAAAAUUCCAGAACACGUACUAGGAAGAAUAGCCGUUGCCGUUGUUAAAGGACUUACGUAUUUAUGGAGCUUAAAAAUUUUACACAGAGACGUGAAACCCUCAAAUAUGUUGGUGAACACGAGGGGCCAGGUGAAGCUCUGCGACUUCGGGGUGAGCACUCAGCUGGUGAAUUCCAUAGCCAAGACGUAUGUUGGGACAAAUGCUUAUAUGGCGCCAGAACGAAUUUCAGGGGAGCAGUACGGCAUUCACUCGGAUGUUUGGAGUCUAGGAAUUUCCUUCAUGGAGCUUGCUCUCGGGAGGUUCCCGUAUCCUCAGGUCACAUACUGCAGAAACACCUCACAGCUGAAGGCAAGAAAAAGCAAAACUCUUGUUGACCAAACCGCAUGGACUACUAAGCAGAUGCGGAGGAGGGAGGGCUCCUGUGAAGCCCCCUGCGCUACGAGGCUAGGCAAUGAAAUUCUGCCGUGGGCAUGAUGUGCCGUUGCAGUGCCCCCUCCUUUGCACGUGGAGGAGCGUGUCCUUUGAACACCGGAUGGCUCACGGAAGCUCGAAGGCAUGUAGGAAAAUAGCCAGGACUGAACUGUUGGAAGGUUGCUCUCAAACUAUUUCAAAGAAACCUUUUGCCUCCUUUGAUCAGGUAUCUGGCGUCUGCAGGCUCAAAAACUGGGAUUUUAUGAAAAGCACCCAGAAUUCGUGGUUAAGAACAGUGCCAAAUGCAGGUCAUGAGAAGAAGGCGGAAAUUCUCUAUAACACAACAUCUUUUUCUAUUAUGCCACAGUUGAAGCAGAGAAUAAUAAGAGUUCCAUUGUUUGGCGUCAAGAAAGAUAUCAGGGCUGCCUUUGACCCAAACCCCAAUUAUUUUUCGGAGUAUCUUAACAUGUACUAGAGUAUCUUAACUUGUAAAAAUAAGGACUGUCCCUCUUUAGAAUCCAAAAUUGCUCAGAGUUUGAGAAGAAAAAGCUAGAGCAGAUAUUCUCAAAAUGUCCAUGAUUUUUCCAGACCCGUUUUCUCCCCUUCCUUCUUUUUUUUCUCUCUUUCUGCAAAACGUUAACCUCACUUGUCCACAGUUAUCUCCAACAAAAGCUACAGGGCAGGUUCCAACGUAAUUAAGAAAAAGAAGAAAUAGCAACGGCAUGUCAUCCUAUCAGCUAUAGAAGGAGGAAUUAAUUUUAAGUUACGUGAGUCUAUAUAUGUCUUGAUGCGGAAAGGACGGGCAAGAGGGAGGGGCUGUCACUUCCCAUCAGGAAUAUUUCUAAAGGGGCAGAAGUAGAUUUGGGUGUGUCUCAGGCAUAGUUUUCAAAAUAAAAUCGUUAAUUAAAUAUUAUAUCAGAUAAGAAAAAUAAUCCUCCUGCAUUUCUAACCAGUUUCUUUGACUGAUUUUCUCCCCUGACCAAAACUAUAACAAAAUGUCUUUUAUUAACCUUGUCUUGCCCAGACCUGGAAAUUUAUGGAAUAUAAUAUCUCCCUCCUUUGUUAUAUAUGUCAUUCACAUCUGUAUUGCUGAAAUAGAAUCACCUAGUGUUAAAAUAGGAUAAAUUGUUGUUAUUGCUGAUAUUUAUUUAUUAUUUAUUGAUUUAAAACAUUUCUAUGCCGCCCCCAUCGCAACAAAGCCUCGGGGCGGCUCACAACAAAAACAAAA